CCAUAACUCAUUUACUGUCUUCAAAAUAUUGUCCAACGGAGUAGGGCUACACACAAUUACAGCAAUAUGGAGACAGGCUCCAGUCUCGUGGAAUCUUGCAUUUUCUCGCAGCAGGUUUCUGCGGAGAGUUCUGUUGACGAGGUAGAAGCAGUGCCGACAGUCUGUCAAUUUACACUUGAAUUCGUUGUCAUCGCCAUGUCAGACGGUAAAAUUCAUGUCUUCGAUAUCCAUGGAACGAGCAAGGAGACAUUGUCAACUUCGUUAGGUACUAUCUGGGCUCUGAAUCUACGGGGAAAUACACUUGCAAGUGGAGGGACCAAUAAUUCCAUUGAGAUCUGGGAUGUAUCCACAUGCGAGCGAAAGCAGAUCUUGGAAGGACAUACCUCCACGGUUCGGUGUAUCGUUCUACUCAGCGACAAGAAUAGAAUGAUCUCUACAUCACGCGAUACUACGAUUCGCGUCUGGAAUAUCAGGGAGAGUAUCUGUGAAGAUGUUUUGGCCGCGCAUGCGGGCACAGUUCGAGCUGUUGCGAUGUCCACUGCUGAAAACUUUUUUAUAUCAGGAAGUCAUGACGGCACAGCCUGUGUUUGGCGUAUUACAGAUAAUGGACUCAGACGCUUACAUACACUUGAAGGUCAUAAGAAGCCAAUAACUUGUGUUCUGUUUGUGGGAGACAAAGAUUCGCGGGCUGUGACAGCUGGGAUGGAUUGUUAUCUUCGUUUGUGGGACUUUGAAAAUGGCACAUGUUUAGCUUCUUUCGAAAGCCAAUCCACCCCCAUCAACCAAAUUCUUAAAAAGGACGAGGGACUUAUCACAUCUGAUGCUUCGGGGUGCGUCAGUGUAUGGUCAACCAAAGAUGCUCUGGAGCUCGUUCACCGAUUUCAGACGCACUCUCUGGGUGUCGUAAGCUUGGAUUUUAGCGGCAGCAAAAUAGUCAGCGGAGGAAAGGAUGGGUUAGUGAGGUUCCGAGAUCUGGAGAGUGGACAUCUGCAAGAACGAUUGAAAGACGCUUCAGCUGUUUGGAAAGUGGGUUUUCUUGGAAGUGAUCGUGUAGCCUUGGUCAUAUCCCGUGAUGGAAGGACUAUGAUAGAGAUUUGGAAUACCAGUUGAAGUAGAAUUGAGAAUACCUAG